AAGGCCGACUGUAUCCUCCUCAGCAGGCUGGGCAAACGAUGGGAGGAAGCGCUUAGCGAGUUUUGUGUUUUUGGCGGGCAUCAGACGUCUAAAUUUUUAGUGCAUUACCCUACUCGUCCAAUGAAUCUAAUCUUUCUCUACGGUUACACGGUCGCCGGUAUCGGGUUGGCCGUUUCGCUGCUUUACCUCGGCCUGUACAACAUCUGCCAGCAGCGCAACCUGCGCCUGGUGCUGGAGAGUGCAACCUUUCGGCAGUUCUACGAAGGUCACCGGCUCCAUGCGGCGGCACAAAAAUACUCGAACCGUCAUCGCACGAAGCUGAUCACUCGACGCGCGCUGCACAAAAUCAAUCAACUCGCCCCGCGGGUGCAUCUACUCUCGGAGGGCCCCCGCUGGAAGCUGAUCUACACUCCCGCCGGCGAAGUGCGUGCCAUUCCCCUCUGACGCCAUGUGGGAGUGGUGCAGUAGGAGGAAAGCAAAACUAUCUGCAACUGCAUGUGUGCAAACGGGCAAUAAAUCAUACCGCACGGGAA